AGUUUCCAAAACUUCAUUGAUGAACACGAUGUUUCAUUAGUUAUGUUCUUUGCCCCAUGGUGCGGUCACUGUAAAAACUUAAAACCACACUACGAAGAAGCCGCCAAAACUUUAUCUACCAACAAGAAAAUCGCCUUAGGUAAAGUUGACUGUACUGUUCAAGAAGAACUCUGUCAAUUAAACAAAGUUCAAUACUACCCAACUUUAGUUGUUUACAAAAACGGCAAAGCUGAACCAUUCGAAGCUGAAAGAAACGCCAAAUCAAUUGUCGUUGCUUUAGAAGAAGAAUUAAAACCAAACGUUGCAUCAUUAGAAUCAAAUGAAGAAAUCGAAGAAUUCAAAAAGAGCAACCCAAUUGGUGUUGUUGGUUUCUUUGAUAACGAUCAUGAUGAUAGAUACAAACUUUUCACCGAUUUAGCCAGUUCACAAAAGAAACACGCUAAAUUCGCUGCUGUUAUUGGUAAAGAUUUCUCAAAAGAUCACGUUAAAGCCACACCAAAUGUUGUAUUAUACAGAAAGUUUGAUGAACCAUCUGUUGCCCACGAAGGUGAUUUUGAAAUUGAAGCUCUUAAAAACUUUGUUUCUGGUAAUGUUGUUCCAUUAGUUGGUGAAAUUAACCGUGAAACCUACAAGAAAUACGAAUCAGUUGCCGUUCCAUUAGCUUAUCUUUUCUUAGAUUCAACUCAAGACAACAAAGAUACCCUCGCAUUCGUUGGUAAAAUCGCCAAAGAAAACAAAGGUAAAAUUGUUUUCUGUUGGGUCGAUAUGAAGAAAUUCCCACAACAAGCCACCCAUAUGGGUCUCUCUGGUGAAGUCACCCCAGCUCUUUCAAUUGACGACUCUGCCAACUUAAAAGCCCGUUUCAACUUUGAAGAAAAAUCAGACUUCACCGCCGAAUCUGUUAAACAAUGGGUUAGCGACGUCUUAAACAACAAAGUUGCUCCAUUCGUCAAAUCACAACCAAUCCCAGAAAAGAACGACGGUCCAGUCAAAGUUGCCGUUGGUCACACUUUCAAAGAACUCGUCUUAGAUAGCCCAAAUGAUGUUCUUGUUGAAUUCUACGCUCCAUGGUGCGGUCACUGUAAAAAACUCGAACCAAUCUACAACAAACUUGGUGAAUUCAUGAAAGACAUCAAAUCUGUUGACAUUGUUAAGAUCGAUGCCGACUCUAAUGACGUUCCAUCAUCACUCGAAAUUAAAGGUUACCCAACCAUUAUGUUAUUCAAAGCUGGUGAUAAAGAAAACCCAGUCCAAUAUGACGGUCAAAGAAAUAACCACAUGGACUUUGCUGAAUUCAUUCACGAUAAAGCUGCCAUUAAAUUCGAAUUACCAUCAAACACUGAAGAAGAUGAUGAAGACGAAGGUGAACCAAUUGUAUCAAAUAAAAAAGAAUCUAAACAUGAUGAAUUAUAAAUUUAAUAUAAUAUAGUAAUAAUAAUAAUAAUAAAAAAUAUAAAAAUAUAAAAUAAAUUUAUAUUUUUUUUUUUU